UUGAUAAGAAAAUCAUAUGUUUUGCGUUGUUGUUGUACUCUUUCUGCAUAAAUUUUGCAUUUUUUAAAAGCUUUUUUAAUCUUUAAACCACUUAAUUUUCUAAUCAAUAAAUUAAUUAAUUGGUGUGCAAUGCUCCAGAUACGUUCGAAUCUCUAUAGUAGAGUGCUAAGACCGCUAGGAAAUCUCUCUACGAUGCUGCAAAACCACAUUCACACCGAAACUAAAGUGCAGAUUAAUCAUGACGUCGCUGUCAACUAUGUACAAAGCGGCAAUGGUGAAAAAAGUGUGCUACUAAUGCCAGGGGCACUAGGCUCCGCAUGGACAGAUUUCAAACCGCAAAUUGAGCAGUUACCAGAACUGUUGUCUGAUCACACAAUCAUCGCAUGGGAUCCGCCAGGCUAUGGGAAAUCCCGACCACCGGCACGAAAUUUUGAUCUCGACUUCUUCCAAAAAGAUGCACGCUAUGCUGUUGAUUUGAUGCACGCCUUAGGGCGACCCAAAUUCUCUAUAUUAGGUUGGAGUGAUGGCGGUAUAACUGGUUUAAUUAUAGCUGGCCGCUUUGCCGAAUGUGUUGACAAAUUAAUUAUUUGGGGGGCAGGAGCGUAUUUAAAUGCUGAGGAAGAAAAAGCUUUACAAGCCAUACGUGAUGUACAAAAGUGGUCGCCACGUAUGCGUGAGCCAAUGGAAAAAGUCUAUGGAGUAGAGGAAUUCGCGAAAUUGUGGGCUGAAUGGGUUGAUGCCGCUGCUGCAAUUUAUAAAGAACGCAAGGGCGACUUCUGUUGUGCUGAAGUAAAACAAGUGAAGGCAUCGACUUUUAUAUUGCACGGAAAAAAAGAUCCUAUGAUUGCUGCUGAACAUAUACCUUACCUGAAAGAACGCAUACCAGGCUGCCAAUAUUACGAGUUCCCUGAAGGUAAACAUAACAUUCACUUGCGCUACGCUGACGAAUUUAAUAAAUUGGUUGCGGAUUUCUUGUUGCAAAAAUAAUAAUGUCCCUUAUGGGGACUCUAAAUUAAAGUUGGGAAUUUUCUUACAACCUGUAUACAGAGAUGAGAACUUCCGAAGCCAUUAUCAACACAAAUACGCACUACCAAGCAAAAAUAAAUGUCAUAUAUUUUUAUAGGACAGUUCUAAAGUAUAGAUAAUAUAAUUUUCAAAGUGUCAAUUUGUGUACACUGCCAGAACAAAGUAUUGGCACAGCAAAUUUUUCACAAUA